GUCAGUUGUUCUCAAACAGCAGAGGAAGAAGCAGUGCCAGGACCUCACAGUGACCUUAUAUUAAGCAGAUAUCAUGGAAAAGGGUCAGGGACCUCCUCCGGGAAUGGCAGCACCACCGUACCCAGGUUUCUCUCCAGACUACAAUGGAGCCUACCAAGCUCAGCCUGGGAGCUAUCCCAAUCCAGUUCAACAACCUGCUUACCAGUACAGCCCACAGCAACCUCAAGUCGUACAACCCGUGAUGACCCAGGUGGUGGUGAUGCAGCAGUUGCCGACUGAUGUUCCUGGACAGAUGAUGUGUCCUCACUGCCGAAUCAGUGUUGUCACUAAAACCAAGCACAUAAGUGGAUUUUGCACCUGGCUGACCUGUGGCAUACUGGGAGUCUUCAUAUGCUGGCCUUGCUGUUUAAUCCCCUUCUGCGUGGAUUCUUGCAAGGAUGUGGAGCAUUCCUGCCCCAACUGUAAGAACGUCCUGCACAUCUAUAAGCGCAAUUGAAACAGCACUACAGAGUCAACUCUGCUGAAGUGACGACAAAGGAACACUGUGACUAAAUAAACAUCUGGACAGGAGCCGAACCCUUUUAUGCAAACACAUCAGACGUCGCCAUGAACCCUGUGCUCUCUUGUGUAAAAUGUGGGCUGUACCGUGAAUAUGUGAAGAAUCUAAUCGAAUCAUAUAGUUUCUUAACUUAACCUGAGUGAUCUUGUCUCAAUACCUGGGUGUUUAAUUCAAGCAACAAUGUACGGUGGUUAAAAAAAACACGAGUCUGAUUUAAUUUAAAUCAGUCCAGUGGAUUCUUUUAUACAGGGUUUUUAAGGUUCAUUUAGUUGUUUUUUCAUUGACAUCUAAAAGUAAAAACAAUUAUUGAAAAAUAAUAGGAAUAGCUAUUACAUAUCAAAUAUAGGAUAAUCAUCUUAAAUUAGGCUGUUUAUUGAUUAAACUCAUUCCUAAAACAGCUGAAAGCCUUCUAUCACUAUAAUAACCAGCUCAUUUACUUGUACCAUGAAAUUAUUCAAAGCAAUAAAUCACUAAUUAAUCACUGUU